UUCGCCUAAAGGAUGGCUUACAUAGAGAAACUACAGAUAGCCCUUGUACCAUUUCUAGCAGAAUUUCAAUCUUCGUCUCUUCUCUGAAAGAAAAGAAAAGUAAAGAAAAGAGAAAGAGAAAGAGAGAGAGAAAAAAGAAGAAAAGGAGAGGCUUAGCUUCUUCUUUGUAUUUGAAGACUCUUUCUGUGAAGAUGUUUGAUUCCUUAAGCCCAUACACACUUGACAUCCCUCAGAUUCCUUUCACUUUCCCUCCCUUUCCCGGAAAAUCCAUUCUUGCCCAGAUGCUUAAAUCCCUUCCUCUUUCCUUAGAGUGCUUCCAAACUCAAUUUUCUUGAAACCAACAAAGAGAAAAAAAAAAAAAAAACAACAACAACAUGGUCCUUUUCAUUGUCUAUACACUUUUCUCUCUUCUUCUAACCACGUCCUGUUCUGCCUCUUCUCUGCUUAGUGAUUUUCACGUCUUGCUUAAGCUCAAGCAAGGAUUCGAAUACCCCGAACCGGCAUUAAGCUCGUGGAAUCCAUUGGCACUAAGCUCGGUCUGUUCUUGGACUGGAAUUCAUUGCUCUAGAUCAUCAGGAAGAGUUGUUUCACUUGACUUGACUGAUUUAAGCCUUCGCGGUUCUGUUUCAACACCUCUGAUUUCAAGACUAGACAAGCUCACACACCUCUCUCUUGCCGGAAACAACUUCACCGGAAGCAUUGACAUCGCGAAUUUGCUGAAUCUUCGCUUCCUCAAUAUCUCAAGCAACCAGUUGUAUGGAGGCCUGGAUUGGAGCUACUCUAGUAUUCCCAACUUGGAAGUGUUUGAUGCAUACGACAAUAACUUCAAUGCCUCUCUUCCACUAGGGAUUCUCAGCUUGAAGAAGUUGAAGCACUUAGAUCUCGGAGGCAACUUCUUUUUCGGGAAAAUCCCGGUGAGUUAUGGAGAGUUAGUUGGGCUUGAGUACUUGUCCCUGCUUGGGAAUGAUCUUAAUGGGAAAAUCCCAGGUGAAUUAGGCAAUCUCACUAACUUGAGAAGGCUUGAAUUGGGGCAUUACAAUGUUUUUGAAGGUGGGAUUCCAGUGGAGUUUGGGAAAUUGGUUAAUCUAGUUCACUUGGAUUUGUCAGACUGUGAAUUGGAUGGCCAAAUCCCACAUGAACUUGGGAAUCUGAAGGCUUUAGACACUCUUUACUUGUACGCCAAUUUGCUCUCUGGCUCAAUCCCAAGGCAGUUGGGAAAUCUCACAAACUUGAUCAAUUUCGACCUCUCCAACAACGCGCUCACCGGGGAAAUCCCCGUCGAGUUUGCGAACCUCCAGCGGCUAGAGCUCUUCAACCUCUUCAUGAACAGCCUGCACAGCUCCAUCCCGGACUAUAUUGCGGAAUUCCCUAAUUUGGAGACUCUUGGACUGUGGAAGAACAACUUCACAGGCGUGAUUCCUCAGAAACUAGGCGAAAACCGAAAGCUCCAAGUGCUGGACUUGUCCACCAACAAGCUCACCGGCACGAUUCCACCCAACUUGUGCGCGUCGAACCGGCUUAGGGAGCUAAUUCUGCUGCGAAACUUCUUCUUCGGACCUAUCCCGGAGGGUUUGGGAGCAUGUUCUAGCUUAACUAGGAUGAGACUGGGGCAGAAUUACCUUAAUGGUAGCAUACCAAAUGGCUUAAUUUACCUGCCUCAGAUGAAAUUAGCAGAAUUGCAAGACAAUUACCUAUCUGGGUCAUUGUCUGAGAAUGCUAAUUAUUCGUCUUCAAAGCCAAUGAAAUUAGAGGAGCUUAAUCUCUCAAACAAUCUCUUAUCCGGUCCUUUACCAUCUUCCAUUUCCAACUUCUCUUCACUCCAAAACCUUCUCCUCGGCGCGAACCGAUUUUUGGGCCCCAUUCCGCCUUCUAUCGGGGAACUUCGCCAAGUAUUAGUGCUUGAUCUCAGCAGAAACUCGUUUUCGGGCGAAAUCCCGCCAGAAAUCGGCAACUGCUCUCACCUCACCUACCUCGACAUGAGCCAAAACAACCUCUCCGGCGCGAUCCCGCCGGAAAUUUCCAACAUCCGAAUCCUGAAUCACCUGAACCUAUCAAGAAACCACCUCAACCAAUCGAUACCGAGAUCGAUCGGCACUAUGAGGAGCCUCACGACGGCCGACUUCUCCUUCAACGAACUCUCCGGUGAGCUACCGGAGACCGGCCAAUUCGCAUUCUUCAACGCCUCGUCAUUCGCCGGAAACCCCCAACUCUGCGGCGGAAGCACUCUAAUGAUGAUCAACAGCCCCUGCAAUUUCACCGCCGUCACCGCCGCGGAGAGAAAAUCCGGCCCGGCGGAUUUCAAGUUGGUUUUCGCAUUAGGCCUGCUGAUAUGCUCCCUUGUCUUCGCCACCGCCGCCGUGAUCAAAGCCAAAUCGCUAAAGAGAAGCGGCGGCGCCGGGUCGUGGAAGAUGACCGCCUUUCAGAAGGUCGAAUUCUCCGUCUCUGACGUCCUCGAAUGCGUAAAAGACGGCAACGUAAUCGGCAGAGGAGGAGCCGGGAUAGUCUACCAUGGAAAAAUGCCGAAUGGCGUCGAAGUCGCCGUCAAGAAACUCCUCGGAUUCGGGCCGAGCAGCCACGACCACGGCUUCCGAGCGGAGAUUCAAACACUAGGCAACAUCCGGCACAGGAACAUCGUCAGACUGCUUGCGUUUUGCUCCAACAAGGAAACGAAUCUUCUCGUGUACGAGUACAUGAGGAACGGAAGCUUGGGAGAGGCUUUACAUGGUAAAAAAGGAGCGUUCUUGGGGUGGAAUUUGAGGUACAAAAUCGCCAUUGAAGCUGCCAAAGGGCUAUGCUAUCUUCACCAUGAUUGCUCGCCGUUGAUAGUUCACAGAGACGUCAAGUCAAACAACAUUCUGUUGAACUCGAAUUUCGAAGCCCACGUGGCGGACUUCGGACUCGCCAAGUUCUUGUUCGACGGCGGCGCGUCGGAGUGUAUGUCGGCGAUCGCCGGCUCUUAUGGCUACAUUGCUCCUGAAUAUGCAUACACACUAAAGGUGGAUGAGAAGAGUGACGUGUACAGCUUCGGCGUGGUGUUGCUUGAGCUCCUGACCGGAAGACGGCCGGUUGGGGAGUUCGGAGAGGGUGUGGACAUAGUGCAAUGGUGCAAGAAAGCAACCAAUUGUCGGAGAGAAGACGUUCUACAAAUAGUGGAUAGGAGGCUCAUGACCACCUCCACAACUGCUAAUUACAAUGUGCCUAAAGAAGAAGCCAUGCACUUGUUCUUCAUUGCCACGCUUUGCGUCCAAGAGAACAGCGUCGAGAGGCCCACAAUGCGAGAAGUUGUUCAAAUGCUCUCCGAGUUAACUCGCCACUCCUUGUCUCCUGACUCAUCAUCACAAUCCCCCUCUUCUUCCAAAAAUCUUCAAAAGGACACUACAAAACCUUGUAACAAUUUCACACAAGAUCUCUUGGUUUAAACAAAUAAGAUAAAACAUUGGUUUCAUUUUUUUUCCUUUUUUUUGUUUUGUUUUGUUUUAGAGUUAAUUGAGAUAUGCAAA